CAUCAUAAUAUAUAUUCCAGUGAUAAAAUCUAGCAAUGGUGAAAGUAGUUUGUUUUAUUCUUUUUGGACUCAUAUGUUUUUCGUGGCUUGAUUUCGUUUAUUCUGAACAGGAGGCUAAUCAUAAAACAUUAAAAUCAAAAGAGAAUGUUAAGGCGUUUGCACAUCUAGCAAACAUACAAACACUGAGCAAAACAACAGCUCUAACUUUUCUUAAAAAUAUUCACCAUCGACCCAAACGAGAUGGCGAUCUUAACAUAUCUGAAGAAUGCAUGGAAGACACUUGUGUUUACGAAGAAGUUCGAGAAUUCGUCAAUUACAAAAAAUUGGAUCUGACUGUUUGUGAUUGGUUAAGAAGAAAGAAAUGUGAAGUAUGUAAGUCAUAUGAGGUUUGUAAGACAGUGAAUGAAGACUGCAGGAGUCUACGAGCAUACACCAUAAAAUGCGUGGAUCCAAAACUUCCAACAGUGAGUGCUAGCUUGCACGACGUACAAAACGACAAGGGCGAAAUGAAACAAGAACUAUUUUUUAGCUGUACAUCUGAAGAGAUACAGAACAGCGUUCAAUAUGAAUAUUUUCAAUUCGUUUGGCUCGUUAAUAACACUGUUUCCUUCACUAGUGAAAUUGUUCAUAAAACUAAUUUGUCAAGCGGAUAUUUCUACGAAAGAAAUGGAAUUCACCAUUUAGGAAUCGAGGUAGGGUGCCAAUAUGUAGCAUUUAGAUCUGUGGAGGAUAAUGGAACAGUUUCAAAAGUUAGUGAAAACUUCUUUGCUGGAUUAAAGGUUCUACAUGAACCAGUUAUUAUUGAAAGAGGAAGGGAGGGUGUUAUUCAACUGCAGUUGACUGUUCCAUUUGGUUGUUUUAUGUAUUACGACGGGGAUGAAAAGAAGGUUUCACCUUGUUCGCUACAUGUGGAAUUAAAAAAUCAACAAUAUAUAGAAUGCGGGGGCAUUCAAUCCCAAAGUUUAUGCGGGACAAUAUUUCUGAACGAAAAUUGGAACGCUGUCAAAAAGGUGGUCGUACGACACAUGAACGAUGUGAACUAUCAAGUGCCUACCAUGCAUCUAGUCAAAUUUUUUACGUUACCAAUGAAAUCGCAUUCCAUCUGGAGUAAUGUAGAAAUUCCAGAAGUGAAGAUUCAUAUUGAAGAGAAACUGACAAAAUGGAAAGGGAAGGCAUGUUACUCUCACAGUGACCCCCAUAUGAUGACAUUUGAUGGAGAGACCUAUGAUAACCAAAAUGCCGGAACUUUCAUUAUGUACGAGGGUAGAGAUGGUUCUAAUAAUAUCAUGCAGGUUCAAACAAAGCUUACACCUUGCAACAAAGUAACUGGCCCUGGAAUCUUCUGCAAUUGUGGUAUUGCUAUACGCGCUGCAUCCGACAUCUACGUGAUCAACAGGUGCCCGGAGGAUAAGUUGUUUUUUGGUUUUAAACAUUGUGUUGAUGACGUUUUGGACGUUAAAAAGCAGGAUGAUUUUAAUUAUAUCAUCUAUUUUCCGACCAGUACGUAUGUACAGUUGCGGUUGUGGACUUAUCAAACUGAGAAUGUUAUUGAAGUCAAUAUAUUCCCAUCCGUGUUUGACCAGGAAACUUCAAAAGGCUUGUGUAGCAAAUUAGGAUCAAACGGACAAUUUUUUGAUGCAAAUGAUGAAAGAAUUGAUGCAAGAAAUGAUAUUUCAAAGUUCAUUGAUUCAUGGAGGGUAACAGAUGAUGCAAAUAUAUUUCUUAUGAACGACUUUGAUUUCUCAAAACUAAAUCCCAUGAUUACCCCAUCAUCGCCUUUCUGUUCCUGUUUAGAGGUUGAAGGGCUAGAAAAAUACAGUGAAACUGUUACCUGUGGAAAACAAUUGAACUGCUCGAAGCCUGACCAUCCUAUAUAUAAUAAAAUGUGUCAUGUAAAGUCCAAACGUUCCGCUCGGUCUCUAUUCAGUUACAUGCCAAUAAAUAUGAAACAAGCACUUAACAGAAGAAAGCGUUCUGUGGAUGCUGCAACAAUGAUCAUGAGCAAAGAAGAAGCACUGGCAUUUUGUGAAAGUUACAUGAAAGCAUCGAAAGCGUUCCAAACCUGCAGAAAUGUUCCAAGCAUUGACGCUUCAAAAGCAAUUGCUUCAUGCAUUUUAGAUAUAACGCUUACAAAUUCCACUUUAUGGGCGCCAGCGUCACGUGAGGGUUUCAAAGAGCUCUGUAAAAAAGAAUUGCGUCAAAACAACACUUUAAGUGAAAGCGAAGAGGGCAAAUUCAUGAUUGAGCACAUAAAUAACAUAAUGUGUCCGAAUGAAUGUAGCGGGCAAGGUGUAUGUAAUAAUGGAACAUGCGAAUGUCAAAAUGACUUCGGGGGGUCUGACUGCUCACAAGAUCUUUCUAUUGCGCCUGAUGUCUUUUCGGUUAACCCUGAGAGUAGUGGGCUGUGUGAUACAUCCGACUGUGAGGACGUUAUCGUGGAAGGCAACAUGUUUCUACAUGGUGAUGGCCUGUUGUGUAAAAUGGAAAAGUUUCAGGCCUCGAUUUCAAACUCAAGAGUUUUCUAUGAAACCACAUACAUACCUGCUGAGCUUAAUACUUUGACUGAUGUCAGAUGCCGCCUUCCCAACCCUAGACCAAAACGCUCUACCAUGCAGGAAGCCAAUCACUUUGUUACAGGUUUCAAAGUCUCAGUGAGCAACAAUGCAAAAGACUACAGUACGAGUCAUCUUGUGUAUAUACUAGACUCCACAUGCCAAGACACUAUUAACGUAUCCGGACAACUCCGAUUUACCCUAAAGAAUAAUUAUUGCUUUAUCAAUGGAGUGUGUGUUCCCGAAGCUGCUGAAUAUUGGAUUAACAACUGUUAUAUCUGCAAUACCCAAUCAAAUGUGUUUGUGUGGUCACUCAAUUCCACUAAAAAUGGUUGUGAAAAAUUCGCCAGAAAAGACGAAAACCAAAGUCAGAUCUAUACAAUAUCAGCAAGUGUGUGCGGUUGUCUUCUGACACUGAUUAUCACGACAGUUGUUAUCCUACGGAAAAUGAAAACUAACGGUCUGAAAAUAGAAGAUUUCGCCAAUCAGCCGCCGCCAUAUAUCGAUGCAGCCAAACCAAAACUUUGUUCCAGGAAACUGUGAUUCCAUGGAAUGGGACGUUUAAAGAUUACUUUCAUGUGGAUAUUUUAAACUAAUGCUGUAGAUGAUAAAUAACAUUUUGUGUGUUUUUGUGUGUGUGAAAAAUGUUACAUAAACUUUGUAGAUUUGAUUGUUGACGUUUACGAGUAAAGCAUGCAUAAUACAAUGUAGAAUCUGAUAUAAAUCAAAGUACUGAAGAAC